GCGGUGCCUGGCCGAGCACAGCGGCUGCAAGGGGGGCCCGCCGUCGGGCGAGGAGCCGGCGGCGCUGUGCCUGCAGUGCGAUAUGAAUGACUGUUACAGCCGGCUGAGGAAGCUGGUGCCCACCAUCCCUCCCAACAAGAGGGUCAGCAAAGUGGAGAUCCUGCAGCACGUCAUCGACUACAUCCUCGACCUGCAGCUGGCUCUGGAGACGCACCCAGCGCUGCUCCGGCAGCAGCCGCCGCCGCCCGCUCUGCACCCCGGCAGCUGUCCCGCGGGCACCCCCCGGACCCCGCUGACGGCCCUGAACACUGACCCGGCAGGCUCUGUUAACAAGCCGGGGGACAGCAUCCUCUGCCGCUGACCGCCGCUCCCCAGGUGAGUGCCAGGCGGGCGCGGGGCCGCGGGCGGGGGGAGCGCAGCCCUCCGCGGCGCAGCACCGCAUCCUCCUGCGGGAAGCCUGCCGAAGGGGGACCAGAGCCCCACGAGAAAUACUUGCAGGCGGCUUUGGGGUUUUGUUUUUAAUUACGGGGUGGUUGUUUUAUUUUUCCU